AUGUUGAGUCAUCCGUUUUCUACAUUAACCGAUUGGUUAGGCGCCUGUUAGUUAAGCUUGGUGACAAAAUUUUAUGAGCAAUCUUUGGCUAUUUUUUUUGUUUUCGGGCAUGCGCAGGGAUCAAUUUGUUUUUAAACAAAUAGUGUUCUGAAGCUUUUAAGCUUCAUUUAUGACAUACAGCCCUUAAACGUUCUCGUGGCCAACGGCGAAGUGGCUGCUUUAAAGCUCUCAAAUAGGAACGAAUACCACAUAAACCGGUUAAAUUAAAUACUUGCAGUCUUUUGUUAGCCUACUUUUCGUUAAAAAAUUGGCUUAUUAUGUAAGUAUUGAGUGAUUAAUACUUUCGUGCAUAGAUGUUUGUUUGUACGUGCAGAUUGUGUAAACAGAAAAUGACAUUUUUUUACUUGAAAAAGUUUGCAUAUGCAUGGGAACAUUUGAAUGCACGUUUUUUGUUCUGGAAUUUACGUUUAUGACCCCCCUUGGGUUCUUGUAAUCAAAUUGCGCUUGCCAAGGUUCGAACACGCCCACUUGAACUGCCGAAUAUAAUUCACAUGAGUUGGUGGACAGUUCUGACGUCUUCGUGUGCAGAGCAACCGACCUUUAUGGGUCAACGAAGACGAAGAAGUCUGGAAUUGAUAAUCCAAAUAAUAAAGUUUUCGUGACUUGUAUAAACACUUGCGUAAUGCAUAGUGGGUUAAACCCUCUUCAUUAAGACAAUUGCUUGUCAGAUAAACUUGUCAAAUUUUAAAUGAAGCUUACAAAAUUAUCAGUUUAAAAGCUCUCCAUUGUCAUCCCACGGGGAGCCUUAUUCAAUACUUAGGUUAAAUUUCCUCGUUGAAGUCUCUCAGGAAAUUGUUAAAGGGUGGAGAUGGCAGUUGGAUUAGUUGCGUGAGGAUAUUAAUGUUGUUCGUUUAGUUGUGGUUAAGGAUGCUAAAUUGUGGAACUUCCUGUUCUUGGAAGGCUAACAAAGUUGCUUUUAAUUCCAAAUGUUUACCGAGCGUGGCACAUGUUAGCAGAUUUAUGUGGGUGAAUCUGUGGAGCGGAAAGUAGAGUCACGUCUACUCUGGAGUUAUUAAGGAUACUGCGAUCAGAUAUAUAAACCAAACCGCAAAAAAAAUUCUUGGUAACUGCGUUGGGCAUAACUAAGUGGACAUUUAGAUCUUUCAGUUCAGCUGUUCAUUGCUGGUGAGUAAAAACACUAAAAUUUCACACCUCACUCGGAACACUUUCUGAUUUGAGAGGGCAAUCUGAAAUUUAUCUAUUUAAUUUAUCCUUGUUAUCUCGCCUUCAGCAAGAUGGAAGAAGUAUGGUUGAAAAAAAAAUCGAAACUCAAUGGUAUCCAUUAGCUUACUUAUAAGUCGCCUUUCCUAAGCAUGCUGCCACACUCCAGGCUAUUUUAGGGCAAUUCAGACUCUUUGGCCUUCACAGUACCUCUGAUAGCGAUCAAUAUCCACUCAUUUAAAGUUUCGUCAAGUAUGGCAUUCUUUUUAAUAAGCCUGUUUUAUAUGGUACAUUGUAUUUUAAGUUCACCAAAACACGUUUUCGCAUGGAUGUAUCAUUGCUUAAUUUGCACAUUAAUUUUAUGAGGGUCUUAAUGUCCUCUUUGAAACACCUGAAAAUCUACGUCAGUCAGUUUUUAUUAUUUAUCUUCAGAUAUCUCUCCAACAGUGUCUCAACUCUUGCUAAAGACGCAUUGCAAGAGGAAGUCUGUUUCGUGUCUUAAUGUUGAUUCUGUGGUGUUAAUGGUUUUGUAAUACAAGCAUAAACUGACAAACCACAUCAUGGUAAAAACAAUCAUUUUUAAAAUCACGUCAUCCCAUUGGCUCGUCAGUGAAUUAUGAUAUUACUGACACUGUAAAAAUCAGAUGGACGAAAACCGUAUUAAAACAAAAUCGCUUUUACAACAAACAAUGGCUUUCUUUUCAUUUCUUAAAAGUCACAAAUUGCAAAAUGUUACUUAAAAUAACCAUGGAAAAUAUAUUUAGUUUGCAAAUAUUGGGCCUUGUUGUUUAAAGCGAGCUAAAAGACACGUGUUCUAAAGACCGAAAAAAGAAAAAGAAUUUGUCAUUUUUUUGCGCAGUAAGCAGCUGCCAGUAAUGAUUUGAGCGAUCUUUUUAGUUCAAUCGCUUUAGUUAAUAUAAAUAUUCAAAACAAUAAAAGCAAAGUUUUCUUUAGAAAUAUACUCUCCGGAAAAAAAUAGUCUAGACGAGGUGAGGACACGGACUGUAGCUCUCAGAUUAAAUUUGAAAUACUCUUAAAUAUAGAUAGUAUAAGAAACGGAAAUCCGUUCGUUGUAUUAAGCUCAGUUGUAGGAAAAUUGGCUACCGCUAAAAUAUCUCUGGCUGAUACCUGAACGAAUAUUAACAAUUUUUGGCCUCUUUAAGCUCUCGUCGUGGACUAAAAAGCACCUUAACUAAGAUUUUUAAUGUCUUUUUAUUGAUUACUUAACUUUUUAUCUCCGCAUGAUUACAAAUGAACUUUAGUGAUUAAAAGUUCUUAUUGCAACCUACCUCGGUGUUGUGUUCGUUUUAGUCCAUUUAUAUCAGCGACUCGUUAGCUGGAUUAUUAGAAUUCCUGCGCUUAAUUAUUUUCAUCCCCUUCAUAGGUAAGUCAAGCAUGCAGAAGUGUAUUGGGCUAGUCAGAAAUCUUUCGUUAUAUCUAUAUCAUUUGAAUAUAAAAACUAUUUGAAUACAGUAUGACGUAGAACUAGCAGUGUUUUUGUCCAUUCUACGGCGAUUUGUAUUCCGUGAAUUGAAGAACAAAUUUUUUGAUACCAACUUGGCGUGGUUAAAAAAACCUCCCGUUUAUUUUCUACCUCGCAUUCUAGGUCGAGUCUGAAGGUCGCUAAUAUUGAUCUUAAUUAAGACUUUCAUAUAGAUAGUAUAUUCAGACUCUUAAUUAGUUAUCUAUCCUACUCACGAAUACUGAGGUUGGAUUCCAAAGUAUUACUGACGUACUAUUUCAUAGAUGGAACUCAAAAUUUCAAAAUCAAAUAUAGUUCAGAUCAAGGUAACUACAGAUCUAGAGUUUGAUAUUUUCUAUUUUUUUUUCUCAGCUCACUAUCAGGAGCACACAGCAUGCCUUGGUACGAUGAUGAUGAAAAUUUUGAGCAGGAACCUCUUUACAAACCACUGUUUCAAGCUGGGCCUUGCACGGAUUUUCGAGAAAAGAACCCUUAUAUGUGCACCCUAGGGAUAAGGAUCCCUUAUGAGCAGGAACAGGAAUUGAAGUCACUCUACAGCCCCUUGCUACAAUGGAUCGACCCCGCAUUCCAGCUGAUACAAAUCGACCAACAACACAAAGGUGCCGUUGUUUUGUCGCACGAACAGGAUCACCUGACAAAUAUAAUCGAAGACACGUACACCAGUGAGCAUUUAACCACUCAGUCUCUGAGCGUUGUGUUGUUUUUACGCGAGGAGACAAAGUAUCAACUGAACGCUCGAUUUGCAAAAGACUACUUAGAAUGCCCUCCUUGGGUUUUCCACCAUAAGAUCGAACUGGCCAGCCGCACAACCUUGCGUUCUGUAGCUCGGCAAGAUUAUUACGAGUCUUCUCCAGACCUCCCUCUCUGGACUGUUUGCUCAGUUCACUACGGAAACGAGCAACUGAGAUUUAAUAUUUUUGUGAGAGAUUUUCAAGAAAUGAAAGAGUUUUACAGUGUGCUAACAGGAACUGAACCAAGCGCAUGCAAACCAGGAUUCUGCACAUUUGAUCUUUAUUCUCAGCCUGGUCUAGAUAUAAAGCUAUCUUUGAAGUACUCGCCUCGUUUACAGCCUUAUCCGCCAAAGCAAAGCCUGCUUAAGUUCAAUGUGCCUUACAUUCUAGACAUUAAAGAGAGGCUCAACCUAAUUUUGACGCCAUACGGGAACAAUAGGUGGCUGACACGUGAUCCCGAUGGUAACGAUAUCGUUUUGUCCCGUCGCGAAAGUGAAUGGUGUGAUGAGUGUCUCGGCGAGGAACAGUUUACAGAGGUGUCUGAUAGUGGACAGUGGAGCGAGACACCCAGUGAGGACUCUUCGUGGGAGAUGUGCAGUGUUACGGACAGUGACGAUUUCUCGUGCGAGAGCGGCUGUGACUCUCUCUCGGACUGUGGCUGGAUAACCGUUUAA